CCGCCAGUAGGAGGGCUACUCGCCUUGCUCGCCCCAUGGCGGCCACCAGUGGCACUAUGACGGCCGGGGCCGGGCGGCUCUACGACAUUGUGGUGUUCGGCGCCUCGGGCUUCACCGGACAGUUCGUGGUGGAGGAGGUGGCGCGGGCGGCGGCGGCGGCGGCGGCCGGCGAGGGGCAGUUGUGCGGCGGCCGCCUGCGCUGGGCCGUGGCCGGACGCAGCCGCGAGAAGCUGCGGGCGGUGCUGGAGCGGGCGGCAGAGCGGCUGGGGAAGGCGGCUCCCGGGGAGGAGGUCGGUGUGCUGCUCUGCGAUGUGGACGACGCGGACUCGCUUGCCACCAUGGCGAGGCAGACCCGGCUGGUGCUUAACUGCGUGGGCCCGUAUAGAUUCUUUGGAGAACCUGUGGUAGAAGCUUGUGUUGAAAAUGGUGCAAGCUGCAUUGACAUUAGUGGAGAGCCCCAGUUUCUGGAAGGAAUGUACCUGAAAUACAAUGAAAAAGCUGCAGAAAAGGGAGUGUAUAUCGUUGGAAGCUGUGGCUUUGACUCCAUACCAGCGGAUAUGGGAGUACUGUACACUAAAGACAAGUUGAAAGGUACCUUAACUGCUGUUGAGAGUUUCCUGUCAGUGAAAUCUGGGCCUGAGGGUGUUGGUGUACAUGAUGGGACCUGGAAGUCAGCUGUCUAUGGCCUUGCAGAUGAAGACAACCUGAAGAGGCUUCGAAAACAGAUAGGAUAUGCCCCUGUUCCAGUAGUUGGUGCAAAGCUUAAAAAAAGAGGAUUUUUGUUUUACAGUCCAGAGUUCAAGGAGUACUGCCUUACAUUCAUGGGAUCUGAUGGUUCUGUUGUGAAAAGGACUCAGCGUUAUUUGCACACUGAGUUGCAGCAAACACCUGUCCAGUAUGGCGCUUAUGUGACUAUAGGUGGUCUUGGCUCUGUUAUCAAGCUGAUGUUUAUGGGCAUGUUAUUUCUUCUUCUGGUGAAGUUUAACUUUGGAAGGAAACUUCUGACGAAAUACCCGGAAUUUUUCUCUGCUGGACGCUUCACAAAGAAAGGACCAACCCAGAAGCAGAUGGAUGGAACCUCUUUUACAAUGACUUUUUUUGGUGAGGGUUAUAGUGAGGGACAAGAUCCCCAGAAUGGCAAACCAAAUGUGAAGAUCUGCACUGAAGUGAAAGGACCAGAGCCUGGGUAUAUUGCUACACCAAUUGCAAUGGUUCAAGCAGGUCUGUCUCUUCUGGAAGAUGCAGCUUCUCUGCCUAAACGGGGUGGUGUAUAUUCUCCAGGAGCCGCCUUCUCCAAAACAAAACUGAUCGAUCGCCUCAACAAGCGUGGUGUUGAGUUCUCUGUUAUUAGCAAGCCUGAAGUCUGAAGUCAAAAUGUAACUGUAUGAACUAACACCUUUCCUGGGUCUAACUCUAAUAAAACUCAUUUGGCUGCAAGGGCCUAAUCAUAAAACAGUUUCACUGUGCUAUUGUUUGCAGCAGAAACAGAAGAAAAAAGAAUUAAAAGCUAUAAUAGGUUUUGCUAUAGUGAGCAAACCACUAAAGGGUGGGUAUUGAGUGUUAAUUCACCAACAUAUUAAAUUGUUAACUUCUUGGGUACUAAUUCUGGAAUUUUAAUCUCCUUCAUCUAAGUUCCUACUUCAUGGACCCACUAUAGCAUCUGCUUCACAAGUAACCAUAGCUGCCUUGCUUUGCCCCAUUCUGCAACUAUGUAAAGCAGGCAGCCUGGGAACACAAGUGCCUUAGCAGACGGAGCUACUAGUUACCCUUCAUGUGUGCUUGGUAUAUGUCUUAAUUAACAUCUUCAAUUAAUCUUUCCUUUAUUUAAUAAUUGUUCUUAGUGCAGAUCUAUCUACUUUCUGUAGUUAGGUAAGUAGUCAUGAACUGUAUUGUGCUUUUGCUUCUGUAGAGAAGGAGGCUUGUUCUGUUGAUUGUUUUUGGAAUCUGACCUGAUGUGAUCCAGGUUCUGGGUGCACUGGCAUGUUUCACACUACUCGCUACUGUGGUUGAUGAGCCUGGUUUUUGCCGUUACUAUAAGAAUUAUGAGAGUGUCUUGUCCUGCUGUCUGAUUUCUGGGUUUGUAUUUGUGGGCAAUGGAAGAAUUGAGUCACAGGAAUAUUUGAAAGGCAGCCUUCAUGAUUUUCAGGAGUUUGAAUACAUUAAAUUUUGUUUCUGUG